AUGGUUGAUAAUAUUCUCUGGACAUUUGAGCAGACAUUUAAACCGAAGGUGUUGAAAAACUGGGAAGUACCUAAACUGAAUGUCAAUAAGCCUCAAAAAAGAACAGGGAAGACUAAAGUUAUUUCCAACGAUAGAGGUCACCUACUACCAGAAAUUCGUAGAAGUAAUAGCAACCCUUGGGGAAAUUUUGUAGGAACUUGGAACCUCCCUAAAAAAAUUGAUAAAAAGACUGCAUUGCAGCUCAAUGGACUUUUGAAAAACGAAACAAAAGAAGGGAAAAGUAGUGACAAAACUUCAGAAUCGAUUAAACCCGUCUUGGAAACUGAAAAUAAGGAAGAAAACAAGGAAAAUGUUAACAUUAACAACACUCCACCUCCAGCAGCUCCAUACACUCCUGGGGACUUCACAGAAAAACACCAACAGUAUUCCAAUUGCGAUGGGUUAGUCAUCAACCAAGUAAUUCCGGCAGAAGAACUUUCACCGAAGGGUUUUCCAAGGGUACGAGAAGAUUUUUCUAAACUACCAGAAACUAAAUCUGACCUGAAUAAAGAAGUAGAGGAAUUUUACAAAAUUCAUAAACAAAUGGUGGAAGUACAACCACUUAGACAGACUUCUGCAUCAAAGAAAGAUAGAGUUUUGUCUCCUAUAUUGGCUGCUAUUUCAAAUUUCAAUUUAGCAAAGAAGCUACAUAAAGAAAAUCUGGAACAUAAUCCUCUACCAGAUACUUUAACUGAUGCUAUAUAUAGGAGAAUGGUAAUGCAAAGACAGGGAAAGGUUUCAGAAGGACAGGAUCAACAUUUUGCCACAGGAGUUGGUUGGAAAGGUUAUCCAGGUUAUGGUCCUACAAGAUGUACAAAACUCAAAAUAUAUCGACCCAAAACAUCUGGUCCGCCUAAAGACGAAAGUAUCUGUAGUUUUGACCGAAAAUGGCGGUUCAUACGACAAGCCAAAGUCACUCCUAUGGAUUUAGCAAUCUGCUGGGAUUUGACUCCAGAAAAUCCGAAGGAUGAACCAAAUAGAACGAAACAUAUUGACGGUUCAAAUGGAUCAGCGGCUCCGGCUGUAUUUAGUCUUGUUCAUACCCCUAAAGAGGAAGAAGCCAAUAUAAAAUGUGAUGGUUUACAUAGCUGUGGUGCUGUUUUUGAGCACAGUGAAAAAGGAAAUGAAGAAAAAGAGUUUUUCUUCCAUAGAUCAAAACGAAGCUCUCGCGAAAGCAUCAGUAGCGGUUCUAAUAAUUCUGAUAGUAAAAAACGAGCUAAAAGUGCUUUUGAAGGCGACAAAAUCUCAAUAGACUCAAAAUCUAGCAAUGUAAGUGCCAAGUCAAGAGCUAAAAGUGCUUAUAACUUGAAUGAACCUGACGGAAACUCGAAUACUUCGAAAGAUAAUAAAAAUCUUCAUCGAAGUAUUCAGAAUUUAGAGGAAUGUAUUGAUGAAAAACGAAAGAAAUACAUCAAAUAUCCUCACAAUAAAUUCUGCAUGGCGUGCGAAAUGCGAAAAGUUUCUUUGACUGAAAAUAGGCCAAAAAGCGAGUACAAGAUGGCGUUUAAGGCCGGCGUACCCAAUAAAAUAGUAAGUAGACGUAGCUACCACCUCAAUGUUCCUAAACCCAAAAAUCCAUAUAUGGUCAGGAAUUAUGUCAUUGAUAGCUUAGCACCACCUUUUUCUUUACAGAAGAAGAAGAGGGAGGACUAUCCUGAACAUUGGAGGUUGGCCACUGUCUAUCAACAUUCUUAUAAACCAAUCCAAGCUAGAAAAAGACCACUAAUGCAAACUGUUUUUAAAUAAUUUUUCCCCGGAAAUAGUAAACACCAAAGAAUGAAAGGUGAUCUGUAUUUAUUUCUGGAAAUAAGUCCAUUUAUUGCUCAUAUAUUGAACAUUUUUAUUCUUCUAAUUAUUUUCCAAAGGUUUAAAUUUUUGAAUACCUUUUAAAUUUUUUUGUGUAUUCACAUUCAUCACAGAAUUCUUUCUUACAACAACCAGUACAUUAUCACUAUCUCACUUAAUUCUUUAUCUACCUUGCAGCUGAACCCUGGAUUAUAUAUAAAUCCGUCACUAUUGCUAGUUUAAAUUGGUUUUUGCAUGAAACAUGACUUUGGAAUGUAUUUAUCAUAUCUCCAUGAAUAUCUCUUGACAUGUUGAGAACAAUAACAUUAGUUCUACAUUGUCACUAACUGUAAAGAUAAAAAUUUGAUACCUUAUUUAUAUUACCACAUCCUUCCUAUUGUAUAUCACUAAAAAUAAAAAUAUCUUUAGUUAUAUUACCAUGAUUCCCAAAUCCUUAUAUUUUCGAGAUAUCACGACUAUUUCUCAGUUAUAU